AUGGUACACAACGCCAUCUUCUGGGGCGGUUUCGGCAUCGCCGUUCGUCUUUGGCAGCUAGGAAUUGAAAUGCGCCCGUUUCAUGAUUUGCGUAGUCUUUGGGCUUAUCCGAUAUUUGGAGGCGUUGGAGCAAGUUUUGGUUGGUGGAUCGAGUCAGUUGGUGUAAAGCAAAAAGCUUUGCUAGCUGAUAGAAAAAGACAACUCCUCGAAAAACGAGCCAGGAGAGACGCAAAAAUAAAGGCCCAAAUAGAUGAAUCGACAGUUUAA